AUGUCUCCAAUUCCUGCUAUCAAAGAUUUACCUCAUCUAGAUGAUCCAUUGGAAGAUUCCAAAAGAAUUGCGGCAUACAGAGCAGUAGAUGAAAACCUAGAUGUUGAAGUUCACAAAAUUAUCGGUAUUGGUAGUGGUAGCACAGUAAUUUAUGUUGCAGAAAGACUAGGUCAAUAUUUACAAGAUGAAAGAUUCAGCCAAUUUGUCUCCAAGUUCAUCUGUAUCCCAACGGGGUUCCAAUCAAGAAAUUUAAUCUUAGAGAAUGGGUUACAGUUAGGUUGUAUCGAACAACACCCAGUUAUUGAUAUAGCGUUUGAUGGUGCAGAUGAAGUAGACGUCAAUUUACAACUAAUAAAAGGUGGUGGCGCAUGUUUGUUCCAAGAAAAAUUGGUUAGCACAAGUUCAAAAGUUUUUAUUGUAGUAGCAGAUUAUAGAAAGAAAUCAUCACAAUAUUUAGGUUCCAAUUGGAAAAAGGGUGUUCCUGUUGAAGUGGUCCCAUCUGCUUAUGUUCGUGUUUGUCAUGACUUAAAGAAUUUGUUAGGUGCUAAACAAGUUGUAGUAAGACAAGGUGGUAGUGCUAAGGCUGGUCCUGUUGUUACAGAUAAUAACAAUUUUAUACUUGAUGCAGAUUUUGGAGAGAUUCAAGAUCCUAAGAUGUUGCACGAAAAUAUAAAGUCUUUAGUUGGUGUUGUGGAAACGGGUUUGUUUAUUGACAAUGCUGAAAAGGCUUAUUUCGGUAAUGCGGAUGGUUCUGUAGAAGUCGUAACAAACUAA